UCGGCUCCGCCCCUGGACUCCCCCCGAGAGUUGGUAAAAGAGUCCGCCCCGCCCUUGGCCAGCCUCACUCCUGUACCCACGCCGCGGGAGACUGUCAACCGGAGCAUGGCGAAUCGGGAGAAGUCGAGUGUUGAGGGCCACAUGUUCGACGUAGUCGUGAUAGGAGGCGGCAUUUCAGGAUUGUCUGCUGCUAAACUGUUAGCUGAACAUGAAGCUAAUGUUUUGGUUUUAGAGGCCCGGGACAGAGUCGGAGGUAGAACAUACACUGUAAGGAAUGAACAUGUUGAUUACGUAGAUGUUGGUGGGGCUUAUGUGGGACCAACCCAGAAUAGAAUCUUAAGAUUAUCUAAGGAGCUGGGUUUACAAACUUACAAAAUAAACGUAAACGAGCGUCUUGUACAGUAUGUCAAGGGGAGAACUUACCCAUUUAGGGGUGCCUUCCCUCCAGUAUGGAACCCCAUUGCAUAUCUGGAUUACAACAAUCUGUGGCGGACAAUGGAUAACAUGGGAAAGGAGAUUCCAGCUGAUGCACCAUGGGAUGCCCCUCAUGCGGAAGAAUGGGACCGGAUGACAAUGAAAGAUCUCAUCGAUAAAAUCUGCUGGACAAACACUGCUAAGCAGUUUGCAUCUCUCUUUGUGAACAUCAAUGUGACCUCUGAGGCCCACGAGGUGUCUGCCUUAUGGUUCUUGUGGUAUGUGAAGCAGUGCGGUGGCACCACUCGGAUAUUCUCGAUUACCAAUGGGGGCCAGGAACGGAAGUUUGUAGGUGGAUCUGGUCAAGUGAGUGAACGGAUAACGAACCUCCUUGGGGACAAAGUGAGGCUGAGGCAUCCUGUCACAUUUGUUGACCAGUCAGGUGAAAACAUCAUCAUAGAGACAUUGAAUCAUGAAAUAUAUAAGUGCAGAUAUGUAAUUAGUGCCAUCCCUCCAACUUUGACGGCCAAGAUCCACUUCAGACCAGAGUUACCGACUGAGAGAAACCAGUUAAUCCAGCGUGUUCCAAUGGGAGCUAUCAUUAAGUGCAUGAUGUAUUACAAGGAGGCCUUUUGGAGGAAGAAGGAUUACUGUGGAUGUAUGAUAAUCGAAGAUGAGGAGGCUCCAAUUUCAAUAACCCUCGAUGACACCAAGCCAGAUGGAUCGCUGCCCGCUAUCAUGGGCUUCAUACUUGCUCGAAAAGCUGUCCAACUUUCUAAACUCCAUGAAGAUAUAAGGAAGAGGAAAAUCUGUGAGCUGUACUCCAAAGUUCUAGAAUCUGAAGAAGCUUUACAUCCAGUGCACUACGAAGAGAAGAACUGGUGCGAAGAGCAGUACUCUGGGGGCUGCUACACUGCCUACUUCCCCCCUGGGAUUAUGACUCAAUAUGGAAGGGUGAUUCGUCAACCAGUAGGCAAGAUUUACUUUGCUGGAACAGAGACAGCUACACACUGGAGCGGUUACAUGGAGGGAGCAGUAGAAGCAGGAGAACGGGCAGCUAGACAGGUCUUGAAUGCUCUGGGGAGGCUGCCAAAGCAAGACAUCUGCAUUCAAGAACCCGAAUCAGAGGAUGUCCCAGCUUUUGAAAUCACGCACACCUUCUGGGAAAGGAACCUGCCUUCCGUGUCAGGCCUGCUGAAGAUCGUUGGAUUCUCCACAUCAGUAACAGCCUUGUGUUUUCUGGCAUGCAAGUUUAGGCUGCUAACACGGUCCUGAAGUUUCAGGCUCAUGUUUUAUGCUUACUCCUUUCCAGUACCAUCAGAAGCAAAAUGUUGACAAAUAAUGGCUUUAUCGUUAGAUCUUCUUACGUACAUUGGAUGUAACCCCUCAGUUGAGCCUCAGUGUUAAAGUAAUCUACAGAGUCCCCUCAUUAAAAUCAGUAAGAUCAAGCUCCAUCUUAUUUGUCUAUGUAGUAGAUUAAUUUGUGUUGAUUGGUAGAAUAAAAGAAGCCUUGUGAUCAAUUUCUUGAUUUGAAGUUAAAGUGCUAAUCAGAAACAAUUUCCGUGCCCUCUUUUUCUUCUCUUUAACAUAAAAUGCCUGAUGAUUGCAGAAAUGAAGCAUUUAACUUACUGUAGAGGUUGAGUAGGUGAAGGCCCAGCCUGUGACCGACCUUUGCUGGCUUUAGGAAAUGAUGAACUGUAGGUUCAGAGUCCACAGGCUCACAACUUCCUGGGGUGAGCAGCUCCCACUUUGAAAGCAGUGUAGGUAGACCAAUAGGGGGACAUUUUGUGGGCCGUUGCCUCAAGAAUCUCCUGACCACUUCUAAUUCCUGUGAAGUUUCUAGACAUCUAGUCUUAGCACUACCCUCUUUGUAUAUUUUCCCUUUUUGCUUCUUAAAGAGGACAGUGUUUACCAAGGCAUAAUGAUUAAAUUGACUUACUGUGACUUUUGUGCAGCUCCCCAGGUAAUCAGAGUAAACUAGUCCUAGAGUAGGACUGUCCUCAAGAGGCCUCUCUGACUAACUGUGCAUGAGGCAUCUUCUCUUCCUCCUGGAAUAUGUCUAAACAUCACUUCAGUCAUCAUCAAUGAUAACAUUCUCUACUUAUUUCUGGAAAGCAGUAUUUUCCUCUUUUUUCAGGUAGACCCUGGCUGUCUGAAGGCCCCUAGUAGCAUAUAUAUUUUCUUUUUUCCUAUGACUAUGAUAGAAUUAGGCAGAUCUGUUAAACGUCUUCAACGUGGUUACCUUUGAGUAAAUAUUGGCAUAAAAAUGUCUCUCAAACAACUGAAAUACAUAUUAUAAAUUUCUUAUUAUUAUUUGUUGAGACUAUCAAAUGCAGAAAGGAAAUUAGGACCCUAUAUUAUAAAUUCACUUGCUUUAGUUACUAAGUUUUAUGAAAUCAUGAAAUUGAAUGAUUUCACAUAUGAAGACUAAGUUCUCUAAGAAGUAAUGUGGGCCCAGAACAGUUCCCACCUCUUGUUUUUUCCAUUUUAAAAGUGUCACAUUUUUAAAACCCCUUCCAAAGGUUUCAGCCAUAAAACAUUUCUUAACGUAAAUAUCUUGGAAAAAAUUAACACGGAUGUGAUCAAAUAGAACAGUUGAGAAGUUUCAGUGGACUCGGGUAUACAGGUGGUGGAUAAGCAGUAAUACCUUAUCCUGAAUCAUUGAUGAAUGAGCAUUUCAUUUUAAAUGAAGUUUCUAGGUAGCUGAAGCUUACACUUUUAUGUGCCAAAAAUUUUAAAUAACAUAAAAUACUUCCACACAUUAUUAAACAAGCCAGAUUCAAAUUCAUCUUUUUUUAUUAAUCAGGUCAAUCAUUAUAUGUCUCAGUUAUUUUAUACUUUUAUAAUAGAGUGAUACCAUUGUGUUUGCCCCUCUACAAAAUAUCACAUGAUUAUUUCAUAGCUGUUGAGUCUAUUCCUUCUAUAUUCUCCCAUAUUCAGUAUUUUAUUUCGUAUUGUAGUUAUCUUCAAAUACCCUUUAACCUGAUCUAUUUUUUUAUUGAAUGGUAAUUAAAGAUUGCCAGAGGAAACCACCCCAAGUGUAUUACAUAAUUACCCCUAUCAUAAAUCCAAAAUUAAGAUAUGGGCCUGGCAUGAGGACUUAAGGUCUUUGUUUUGCCUAUCUUGAGAGCAAAGAGAAGGAUUUUUCUGCCACUAUUUGCCUUUCAAUUGAGAAAGUGUUUUAGCUAACUUAGGAGUUUUGGCAAUGUCUUGGAUGUGCUCUAGUACAUGAGUUGUUGCCACAUAUCAUACCAAACUGCUUUGAGAAAUCACAGCCCUAAUCUAUUUCAGUUGUUUCUCUUCAUUAACUGAUAAGUUGUUCUGACACACCUUUUGAGAAAAGCUUCUUAACUGGCAACAAUUUUAACAGUAAUCAGUUUGUUAAUAUGUCCAAGUCUUGAAUGUUGAAAAACUGAAUAUGCAGUUUAGCCUCUUCUCAAACUUUUUAGAAAACCAGUUAACUUAUCCUAAUUAGAUCAGCCCUAUUAAGCUACAGAUUGAGUAUCAAAAUAAAUGCCAGUCCAGAUGUGCAUAGACAUGAAAUUGGAGCUGAGAACUCCCACCAUAUAGGAGAUCUUCCAACACCAAGAUACUAUAGUUUUUUUUUCUCCAACCCAAAGAAAUUGGCCAGUUUCAGCAACUGAUAGAGCAUGGCCCUGUUAAAGCAACUGCUUCACAGUUCUGGAGGCUGAGUUGGCCUCACUCCACAGUAAGAAUGAGAAUUAGAUUUUAAAAGUUAAACUUUUUGUCACAACUGUUCUAUAAGGAUUUAUGCUAUAGCAAAGAAAAAAUAUCAAAGGACUGUGAACUACAUUUAGUUUGUUUGUGAACUUGGUGCCUAGUGUUAUGUCUGAAAUCUGCCUCAAUGCUACAUGUAAGAGUAUGCAUGUGUGUGUUUUGCCAUUUAAGCAUGAUUUUGCCUGUAUGGUAGUUUUGUUGGUUAAUAAAGUGCUAAACCACCCCUGA